AUGCUGAAUCAAUACCUUCAUUUUCAAGUUGUUACGGCGGCUACCCUGUACAAGAGGAUCGAUGACCUCACUCACCAUGUGAAAUCGCUAGAAGAUCUGAACUCUCAAGAAAUUGCUGCCCUAAAAAGGAAGAUAGAUGCUUUAGAGGAAGAGCAGCCAAGACAGAAGUAUGAUAUCCUUCAAGGAUCCAUCGAUGCCAAGGCUGCUAAGCUAGAGAUCAAGGAGUCCAACAAAAUCGCUUCAUGGUACAGAAGAAAGACAGAUGACACCAACCUUGUUGUGAGGAAGAUCUUUGAGAAUCAUGAGAAGGAUUCUCUUGUUCAUGGUCAUCAAAAAGAAGAAGAACCAACCAAUCCAGAUGCAGGAGAUCCCUUAAUGAACACCCAGAAUAACCCUGAAGAUGUCCUGGAAGAGCAAGAAGGAGAAGCAGCUGAGCAACCUUCGGAGCUCCUUACCGCAGCCAAGCCAAUUCUCACCGCGGCCGCGAGAGUUUCACCCGUGGCCAGAUCCUUCUCAGCAGCGGAUGCAACGUUUCCACCCGCGGGAAACCACUAUCUCACUCCAAGCCUGCAUCACCGAGACCCCGAGGAACCAGAAGAGCAUGACUCUUAUAUCCCAUGCAUGAAGAUCACAGAAGAAGAACCAGAUGUCAUAGAUUUGGAGGAUGAAUCACCUAAGAGGAUUGAAAUGCCAUACAUAGAUUCAAUCAUCGAAUUCGAUGCUGCCAAGUUCUAUUGUGAUUCUUAUUAUGCAUUUGAGGCACCAGAUCAUCCACAGGAAAGACCAGUUCAAACUUUGCACAAAACACCAAUCAUGGGAGACAAUGCCGCACCUCUACCAGAAGUCAUGCAACAACUACUUGACGGUAUCAGGACUCUGAGCGACUGUCUUAAAUUGAUGGAACAACGGUUGCCACCACCAGCCCAACCCAACAACAAUGGGAACCAACCAAGGCAACAACAUGACCACGAUGGAGAAGAGACUGAUGAUGACAUGCCUAGUCUCGAAGAUGAACUUCCACCUGACCCAAAUCACCGGCGUGGCAGACGGGAUAAUCAUGGCCAAGGUCAGCAUCAGCGCCGUGAGAGAGGGAGGAGCCGAGAGAGAGAUAGAGAAGACGAGAGAUAUGGGGGCAAAGAUCUCAAGCUUACACCACCCACCUUUGCUGGAAAGGUCAAUCCCGAGGCUUACUUGGAUUGGGAGAGGAGAAUGGACCAUAUCUUCGAUUACUACCAAUAUUCUGAAGCCAAGAAGGUGUCGUUAGCCGUUGCCCAGCUAACAGACAAUGCUCUCACAUGGUGGGACCAAGAAGUCUCCAAAAGACGGAGGAUGAGACGUGGCCAGAUCACCACUUGGGAGGACAUGACAUUCCACCUAAAGAAGAGGUAUGUGCCCGUUUAUUACUUUAGAGACUUACAGAAACGUUUUCGGAAGUUGUCUCAGGGAAACAGGCCCGUAGAAGAGUACUAUGAGGAGUUUGAGACCAUCAGAUAUCGAUUGGAGCUUCAAGACUCGGAGGAGACAUUGAUGGCCCAAUUCGUUGAUGGCCUCCAAGAUAGAAUAGCGAGAAAAGUAGAGUGGCAGAGCUAUGAGCACAUGGAAGAUCUACUGCACUUUGCUAUACAAGCCGAGCAGCAUUUCAAGAAGAAAGCAGCCACUAACCGAGGAAAGUCUACUUGGACUCAACCCUUCUCUAAACCGAUGGACAAAGGCAAAUCCAUAGAAGUGGAAAGUCGGUUCAAGAAACCAGCUUCCGGGCCGUCAAAGCCAGCUCCACAUGAGCAAGGUAAGGCCCCUAAUCAAAGGUCUCGAGAUAUAACGUGCUUUAAGUGUCAGGGAAAAGGCCACUUUGCAAAAGAAUGCCCGAAUCAAAGAGUAAUGGUAUUGAGAGACAAUGGAGAGUAUGAGUCACAAGAUGAGGCCGAGCUAGAAGCCACUGACUCAGAAGAAGAGGUAACCGAUUUCCCUGAGGUUGAAGAGAUGUUGGUAAUCAGGAGAUCUCUUGGUGCUCUAAGUGACCCCGAGACACUCCAAAGAGAAAACAUCUUUCAUACAAGAUGUAGCAUUGGAAACAAGGUGAGGAUUGCGGAGCAAGUUGUUGUGCCAUUCAGCGUUGGAAAAUAUAGUGAUCAAGUCACGUGUGAUGUUGUGCCCAUGCAAGCCAGUCACCUGCUCCUUGGGAGGCCAUGGCAAUUUGACAAAGAAACUAUGCACAACGGUCGCACCAACUACUAUUCUUUCACUCACCACAACAAGAAGCACAACUUGGCCCCUAUCAUGCCAUCAGAAGUUCAUGAGAUGCAACAGGCCAUGAGCAAAGGAAGACAGCUAAGUAGAACUAAUCUAUUUGGCUCACCAAGUACAAUUCUUAAAACUCUCGAUCAUAAACAACCGGUAUUACUAAUGAUCUUUAGAGAAUGUUUGCUUUCAGGAACUGAGGAAGGUCCCGAGCUCCCACACGAGGUGGCUCAGCUAUUAGAAAAGUUCCAAGAUGUCUUUCCAAAAGAUAUACCAGCCGGCCUCCCACCUAUAAGAGGCAUUGAGCACCAGAUUGAUCUAGUACCCGGAGCACCCUUUCCUAACCAAGCCGCAUAUAGAGUUAACCCAACAGAGGCCAAAGAGCUAGAGGCUCAAGUCCAAGAUUUAAUGUCUAACGGAUACAUAAGAGAGAGCCUCAGCCCGUGUGCAGUACCCGUCUUGUUAGUGCCCAAGAAAGACGGCUCUUGGAGGAUGUGUGUGGACUGUAGGGCCAUUAACAACAUCACCAUCAAAUACAGGCACCCCAUUUUGAGACUAGACGACAUGUUGGACGAGUUAAGUGGAGCUACUAUCUUUUCAAAGGUGGAUCUAAAGAGUGGCUAUCAUCAGGUGAGAAUGAAGGAAGGAGAUGAGUGGAAAACUGCCUUCAAGACCAAGCAAGGUCUAUACGAGUGGCUUGUGAUGCCUUUUGGCCUCACAAACGCCCCAAGUACCUUCAUGAGACUCAUGAACCACGUCUUGAGAGCAUACAUCUGUAAGUUUGUAGUGGUUUACUUUGAUGAUAUUCUGAUUUACAGCCAAUGCUUAGAAGAUCAUAUUAAGCAUCUUGAACAGGGUCUUAAAGUGGAUGAGGAGAAGAUUAAAGCCAUCCAAGAAUGGCCCACACCAUCCACGGCGCUUUGUCAAGGAUUUCAGUACCAUAGCAGCCCCAUUGAUAUCGGUGAUCAAGAAGAACACUACUUUCACUUGGGGGCCGACUCAAGAAGCCGCAUUCAACAAGCUGAAGGAGAGCCUCACACAAGCACCGGUACUGGCAUAGGAGCGGUUCUAACUCAGGGAGGGAGGCCAGUAGCUUACUUCAGUGAGAAGCUAAGUGGAGCAACACUCAACUACCCAACUUAUGAUAAAGAACUCUAUGCUUUGGUGAGAUCACUAGAAACGUGGCAAUACUAUCUGCUUCCAAAGGAGUUUAUAAUUCACACAGACCACGAGACCCUUAAGCACUUAAGAGGCCAGACCACACUUAAGAAAAGGCAUGCCCGAUGGUUAGAGUUCGUAGAAACCUUUCCAUAUGUGAUUAAGUACAAGAAGGGACAAGAGAACGUCGUAGCUGAUGCACUUUCAAGGCGUUACACUCUCAUCUCUACAAUGGAAGCCAAGAUCAUGGGUUUUGAGCACAUCAAGGGUGGACAUGAAUCUGAUCCUGACUUCUCAGAGGUCUACAAAGAAACUACAAGGGCCGCAUUUGGAGUAUUUUACCAACAAGAUGGAUUUCUAUUUAAGGAAAAGCGGCUAUGCAUCCCACAAGGGUCCAUGAGGGAGUUGAUCACUAGGGAGGCUCAUGGAGGCGGGUUAAUGGGACACUUUGGCCGAGACAAGACACUGAGCGUGCUGAUGGAGCACUUUUACUGGCCACACAUGCGAAGAGACGUAGAGAAGCAUUGCACUAAAUGUAUCAUUUGCCUCCGAGCUAAGUCCAGGUUACACCCUAAUGGUUUACAUAUGCCUUUACCUAUUCCUAAUGCACCCUGGGUGGACAUUUCUAUGGACUUUGUUCUAGGGUUGCCUAAGAUACACAACAAAGACUCCAUUUUUGUAAUAGUAGACAGGUUCUCAAAGAUGGCGCACUUUAUACCAUGUAACAAGACCAAUGAUGCAACUCAAACAGCUGAUCUCUUUUUUAAAGAGGUCGUGCGUCUUCAUGGAGUGCCCAGGACCAUUGUUUCAGACCGAGACACCAAAUUCCUCAGCCAUUUUUGGAAGACAUUGUGGAAAAAGCUUGGCACCAAACUUUUAUUCUCCACCACUUGUCAUCCCCAAACGGAUGGACAAACAGAGGUAGUAAACCGUACACUCUCAACCUUAUUGAGAGCCACGGUUGGUAAGAAUCUCAGGAAUUGGUUAUCUUGUCUACCUUUCAUUGAAUUUGCUUAUAAUCGUUCCAAACACUCCGCUACUAACCAAUCUCCUUUUGAAGUUGUCUAUGGGUUCAACCCUCACACGCCUUUUGACCUUAUUACUUUGCCACCAGCCAUCUAUUCAAGCGCAGAAGGAGAAGCUAAGGCCGAUUUUGUGAAGAAGCUGCACCAAAAGGUUAAAGAGAAACUGAAAAAAAAGAACGAAAAGGACAAAGCAAGAAUUGAUAAAGGGCGCAAGGAGGUUACCUUUGAACCAGGAGAGUGGGUGUGGUUGCACAUGAGGCAAGAAAGGUUCCCACAACAAAGAAAAUCCAAGCUUGCACCAAGGGGAGAUGGGCCAUUCCGAGUUUUGGAGAAUAUCAAUGACAAUGCAUAUAAGUUGGAGCUGCCAGAUGACCCUGUUCUGAGGUCAGAACCUUCUCAAGAGGGAGGGGAUGAUGAGGGCAUAGAACCACAAGCUCCACCUAUACCAGUCGUGAGACAAGGACCAAGAACAAGAUCCAGAACUAGAGUCUUGAGAGAGGAGAUUAAUCAAGCUAUUGAAGCCUUACUUAGCAUCCACGAGCAAGAAGACUCUUUCUACCCAAGCUUUAAGGCCACGGUCCAAGAAAGAAGCCUGGAAGAGCCUAAUAAAGGAGAAGCCUAUCUCAUACAAGACGGCCCAACAGUUGAAUUACCACUUCUCCGACCCAACAAAGAAGUUUCCUUGUUCAGCAUCAGCAUCACGCCAACUUAA